GUGUUGGUGGACGAGGAGCAGAGGGCGCUGUACGACCGGUAUGGGGCGGCAGCACUGAGCCGCGACUUCACGGCGGGCAGGGAGGCCAGUGUGCAGCGCAAGGGAGCGGCGUGGGAGGCGUUUGACACGUGGGACGAGUUCCAGCCGUUCCAGCGCAAGACGCGCAAGGGCGACGCCAGGCAGGCAGCGGCAAGCAGGUGGUCGUCAGACAGCGAGAGUGAGAGUGAGAGCGAGGCAGAGGCUCGGGUAGUGGAGGCGGUGACAGGCGAUGUGGUGGAGUACCCGCUCUCUGCUGCUGUCAGGGACAGAUUCGACGACGGCCGCAUCAAAGGCGUUGGCUUUGUGGUUGGCCGCAAUAAAGACCGCGGCGACCGCCACAAGCUCCCACCCGAGAAUCUGGGGCUGGUGGAGAUAGAGCCGCUGUUCCAGGAGGCGGGCGAGGACGUGUGGCAGACAGACGCCCUGGAGAGUGCCGCCUUUGCCUAUCUGGCAGACCUCAGAGUGUUGCGCACAGAGUUUGACAAGAGGACCGACUCGUGGCGCAUUCUGGAUGUGCUGUCCCCGGGGUGUGGCAGCCCCGUGUAUGACGAGGAGAUUAUCGUCUAG